UUGGAUUGACAUAUUCUAUAUCUACUAAUUCUCUUAUUUCUUUUUCAGAUAUAAUGCAAGAACAGUUCGUGGAUUCUUGAAGCAAUUAAUCAUGACACGUAGAAGCAACUUUAUCAAUUACAUAGUGAUAGACACCUGAAAGUCUCAACAACAGCCAAAAUGCAUGUCAAUCAUAAUUUGAUAUCACUAAAAUGUGUUCUAUUCCUGUUCUUCGGGGCCAUUGGCAGCCUGUUUCCCUUCCUGCCAAUCCACAUGGACUCCAUUGGCCUGUCGAAAGACGAAUCCAUCCUGAUCUCAGCAGUAGCACCAAUAGUGGCCCUCUUGGGGCCCCUUGUAGCUGCGCCACUGGCUGACCGACUGGCCGGCGGUGUUGGGGGGGCCAAGAGGAGCAAAAACGGACGAUACCUGAGGGUUAUGAUCGCAGUUUGCAUGGUGCUUGGCACUAUCAUGUAUUGGCUGUUAUUGGCCAUUCCACCCAUUAUAAGGAGCCCUCCGAACGUAGCCUUUAUUUGUGACGAGAAUGGAGGCUUUAUCCUCCAGGAUAGAUGCGGAGCAGAAAAGACAUGUUACAACUGGGGAUCAAGUAAAGGGUCAGUGUUAGUGUCAGACUGUAUAUUCACGUGCAAUGCUUCAUCAUCUUAUGCAGGGGCUGUGACACCAAUCUAUACUGACGAAGAACCACUGUACAAUGUUGAUUCUGUAGAUUAUCUGGAUGAAAAUGCACCGCUGGAACCUGAGUUCCCGGCUCCUACAAGUGAAGCAGCUAAGUUCAUUCCUCAUCCACAUAUGUGUUUCAAAAAUUCGAGUGGUGGCAUUGUAUGCGAAGUUUACACUGAAUUUUCAAAACCGAUAGACUUCAGGAUAGGCUUAUAUCCCAAUAUAAAUGACGAAAAUGAUACUGAGUCUACUUGCAAAUAUCCUUUUGCCAACGAGUUUACCUGCCGUUUACCCCCAGACGUCCGUAAGAAUCUGACAAACGACGGCCAAGACGACUGUCAUCCCCUGGUGCUGUGCAAAAUCGAAAAUCCAUACGAGAACAGAGAUAGCCUCCUCAAAAGGUCUCAAUGCGGGUAUGAUAAUAUCAGCUAUUGGCUAUAUUUGUUCAUCAGGUGUAUCGCCGAUAUUUUCCCAGCAGCUGCUUGUACGCUACUUGCCACAGCUGUAGUGAUAGCCACCAGAGAGACAUCGACAGGUAGGGGAGAUGUCGGUAAACAAUUUGCUGCUGGAGCCCUGGGGCUGGCUAUUUUUGCUCCUAUUAUUGGCGGUGCUGCUAAUGGUAGAAUGUUGGAAGCAAUGAUCUGCUUUACCGUCCUGAUGGCUGUAGCAGUUGUAAUACUGUUAGUCGAUGGCUCUAUGCCGUUGAGCCCUCCAGAAUGGUGGUGGCAUACAAGAUGUGGACUACUAGCACUCCCUAUGUCUUCUGUGAGAAAGUAUGGUCUAGAAAUCGGCGCACUGGGUGUGGCGUUGUUUUUACUUGGAGUUUUUUGGAAUGCGAUUGAUACCUUCUUGCCAUGGCACAUUGUCGACAUCGACAAAGUGAAAGCAGAGCACAUGGCAAGUGGUAACGCAUCAAACGUCCACCUAGUGAUUGGAUUGUCAAUCACAGCAGGUGCACUGCCAGCUGUACUGUUCUUGAUAGCCGCUGAAAAGAUUGUUGAUUAUUGUGGACACUCGAAUCUGCUGAUUUUCUGCUUCAUCAAUUACAUUUACCACCAUUUAGCCCUGAUGUUCAUAGAAAAAGGCAGCUACUUGUUGUUCUGCGAAUGGAUGGAGAUUUUCACCUUGCACAUUAUGUAUAUUACUGCUGUCCUGUACCUGCGACAUCUGGUGCCUAGAAAAUUCACUGCCCUGGGUCAGGCACUGCCAAUUGUUGCUCAUUUCUGUCUAGGUCGUAGCCUGGGAGCCGUUCUGGGUGGAAUGGCGUUCACAGAGUACCCUAAAAAUUUCCAAGAUGUGCAUAGAGCCUUUACAAUCGCCGCAAUGAUAGUCGCUAUCGUUUAUUUCAUCGCAUACCAUUUCUACAUGAAGCCAAGGUGUGCCGCACCUUUACACCUGCCUCCUGAUCCGGCCCCUUCUGUAGUACAAAGUAAGUUUCAAGUAAACAAUAUACAAGGUGACCCAACGAAAACGUGGCACCCCUAUUUGUGACUCUCGUGGUACGUUUUGGUAAAAACGCUCAGUCAAGUCAAUUUUGAUUUCUAUGGGGACGUCUUUUCAUCUAUAGCCGUACAAUACAGGUUGAUCCAAAAUAAGAUAUUGCGUUAUACGAUACAAUCCCUUAUUAUUACGACUUCUAGAAUUUUAGUAUAAACUCAAAUAACUUCACAACGAUUGAAGAUUGGUAUAAACUUUAUUAUACAAAAGUUACUAAAAAAAUCUAUAGUGCAGCGCAGUAUCUAUUUUUAGAUCACUCUGCUAUAGAUGAAAAUACGUCCCCCUAGAAAUCAAAAUUGACGUAUCCGAGCGAUUUUCCCAAAAUGUACCAGGAUACUCACAAAUGGGGGUGCAAUCUUUUGGAUGGAGAGUACCGUAUCGGGAAAAUUUACUGUUGGAGCUUUAUAAUCUAUUCUGUAGCUUGAACUAAAAAAGUGUCUCUCUUUUGCUGCAUUUUGCUCACUUAUUAGUUUUUCAUGAAGAGCUCGACCACAUGGUACUUCUUGUCUCAUUUUAAACAAAAGCUUAUCCAUAGUUGAUUGUUUUUGGUUAUAUAUUAUUCUACCUUUUAGCGUCCUGAAAAUGAC